UGAAGAUAGCAGAUGAGAUUUUAAACUUCCGCUUCCUAAAAUGAAACGGCAAGUUACAUUCUUUUUUGGCAAUGUUAUAUUCCGUUUCUUUUUUUAAUCUUGAUGAAUUGUUUCAAGCCAAUGUAGGAGGGAUGUAUACUUUGGCACUUGUAAACAUAAAUAUUGUAUUAGGCCUGCUUCGUCUUAUUCUAUCAACAUUUCUUUCAUGUCGAAUUGUUUUGCUAGCCAACGGGAUUGAUGAGACGAAACCAAUGAUUUUGAAAGUCUCGGAAAACAUACCCGUGUCAUCUAAUUCCUCGUGUUCCGACCAAUCAGGAUCUUACCCUUGCUGUGACCAAAGCUACGAACUGCUCUUCUUCAUCCCUGUAGCUUCGCAAGCAACCCCCCCAACCCCAUCACAGGACUCUGGGGUGACGAUACUGCACUUGGCAGAUUCUCUGGAGUUCUACGGCAUCACCUAUAUUGGCGAGAAUCACAAUGCGGUGGAGCAAUACGAACAGCUUCGUGGAUACCUCAACGCGCAGGGCAAGACAUACUUUGAAGACUGGUACUUUAUUGCAGCUUAUGACAAACCAACGGACCCUCAGCCUCAUCGGAAUGAAAUCAUGGUUCUUAUCUAGAAACCCAGAAGGAAUUAUAAUAAUGAAGGCACCGAUAACCCGAACGACAGCCCAAGAAAACCAAUCACAUCGCAGUGGGCGUGGUGGUCGUCAAAGACCACACCGAUCUCAUUCCGUUUUGAGCUGGUCGACAAACGACUCCGACCAAGAUUUUAAUGAUUUUAUGUCAUUUCAUUUCAUUUCUUUCGUCACAUAUGAUAAGAUUGGCUAAAGAAUACAAAAUAAGAACAACUGGAUGGGAAGCACUCGUUUUUUUUUCUUCACAUUUCC